AUGCUGAAGAUAUUCGUGCUGUCCAUCUUGGCGGCGAAUGCUUCCCUUGUUACUCGUGCUGCCCCUCCUGGCGGCGAGUGCUUCCCUGGUAUACCUUGGAGACGCCAUACUUCACGCUGUCCGCUCUUUGGCGGUGAAGCUAUGAGUCAGUUGGUAUUCAAGUUAUCUCUUGAUAGUCGCCAGCCUCAAGCUUACAAUGAUGCCAAGGGAAUCGAUCAAUCUUCAGUCUGCGAAGCAGGAUACUCUGUAUCUAAUACCACCUCUACCAAAAUGAAAAAUUCUAAUGAUACUUCGGCAUCUAAUAUAUCUGACAAUACUUCAAAUUCUGAUGUUGCUCCUGAACGAAUAGAAAAUAGUUCCGAUAACACACCCGAUGAUGCGAAGCAUCGAACAUCCGGUUCUUCUGAUCCAUACCAGGAAAAGGAUAGCCGAUCUUUCACAUCUCCUAUUCCUAUAGGAACUUUAUCAUCGGAAGAGAAAGAAAUUAAUGAAUUUUUGGAAUUACAGGAAAAGGAGAGGGUUAGUAAUAUGGCAAGAGAAAGAAAUAGGGAAAAGAAGAUUUGCCAAGGGCAACAAUUGGUACGAAAAACAUCUUCCUCUUCUGAUACACAAAAUGCAAUUUCUACUGAAAUAAAUCCUAUUAUCGAAAUUACCCAUGAGCAUAAAACCACUAAAUCAGAAUCAAUGCCUACUGAUCAAGCACAAAAUACCGGAAUCAAAAUUCCAUAUAACAAAAGAGUAGAGCAAGUCUUAAGACACGAUUUAUCUGUAUUCAUUAAAGAAAAUAUUAAUAAUAAA